UCGUCGAGGGCCAGAGAGAGAGAGAGAGAGAGGGAGAGGGCGAGCUGGUUACAGACCUCUCCUGCGUGCUGCAACGCGGGGCACAUCUGUUGCGUGGCUGUGGCGUCCUUGGCUGGCCGGCCACGGCAAUGCCAAAUGCCAAUUGCCCAGCUCUAGGCCGUCUACGUAAGUAGAGCAGAAGCAGUCGUAGCCUCCUGAGAUCGAUCAUGGUCUGCAUCCGGAACUGGCGUGGAAUGAGUGCAGUCUGUGCAGCUUGAGCUGCUGGAGUCGGUGCUCUCAGGAGCCGAGGCGCUCGAGUGAAGCGCAGCGCAGUGGAGUGGAGUGGAGUGGAGUGCGACUGAGUUGAGAAUUGCGCACGUCUGAGCUUGUUGCAGCUGCGAGCGGAUGAGCAGCGAGGCAGGCUGUAGGCUGUUUCGGACGUGAGUGUCAGAGUUCUUCGCAGAACGCGAGGCCCCGCGCGAGGCACGCAGGCUUCGGCCUAGGAAUGGGAUGCUGCAGCAGGCGAAUGCGCUGUGGUUGUGAUUGAGCGAGGCAGGCGAGUGAGGUCGAGCGAGGGAGGUCGGAGGUGGGGAGAAUUCGCGCGCCACAUCGAAUUUCGGGCGUGAAGGCCAUCUAUGCUCGCAAUGACGAAGGUGGGGAGCCCGUUGUUCGUGCUGGGCGCAGGAGCAGACGAGACGGACCUUCUGCAUCUGACCGAGAAGAGGGAGCCGCCAUCGCUGCUGGAGUACGCCGUGAGGAAGAAGGAGGUGCUGGCGGCGAAGAACGUGGUGGAGGAAGUGAGGCGGCGAGUGCUGCAUUUCCGCAGCGAGAGCAAGGCCGAGAAGGAGAAGGAGCGGCACGAGCGCGAGGAGGAGCUGAAGGUGGAGGAGAAGAGCAGGGCUGCCGCCUGGGCGUGGUACCAGCACGGGAACAGCGGAGGCCCGCCGAUGGGCGGCACGAAUUCGCUCAGCAGCCGAGGAUUGUUCGGCUGCAAUGUGCGCAAGGCUUCGCGCUUCAAAACCGAGGCCUUGAAGGUGGGCGGCAACCACAGCGGCCGCGUCGAGCCUCGUUGGGACUUCGAGACGUCGCUCUUCGAUCCUUACGAGCUGGACUCCGUCUCGAAGCAAAUCGAUCACGCAUUCCACGACACUCCCAAAUCCGCCGUGCACCCGGCCCUUCCUCCGUCGAAGAUCACCCGCAGCUGUAGCCUGCGCCUGUCGUUUCCGCGCUCGCUGUGUCGAUCGAUUUCCGACGUGGUGACUCAGGAGGAGAUGGCCUUGGGAGUGCGCAAGUGCGAGUGCAUCAAGGAGCGAAGCCGUCGCACGGGCCACGGCUGGAGCUUCCGCAGGAUUUCCAAGGCCUUCCAUGUGCUCAUGCAUGUGCCUGCCGGCGACGUCCAGCCUCACCACCACGACCAGCAGUUGCACCACCACGAACACCACCACCACCACCAUCAGCACGAGCACGAACAUCACCACCACCACCAUUACUCUGUCCGGCUCAAAGACGGAACGCACUACGGUAAAUCCUUCUCCAGCAUUGAACGUGUGAAAGCAACUGAUCCCUUUCCUAGCUACCCCAAAGCUCGGUGAAGCUCCAUCUUCUCGUGCGGAGUGGUCCUCACUUCCCAAUUGUUCAUAAUUCCUCCCGUGACUUCACAAUCCUCCACCACCCGCCACCCCCUCGUCACUUCUCCGUCCCUCGACCCCUCCAGUCCUCCCCGCCCCCCUCCCCCUUCAUUCAGCGCACUCGGAACAUUCGACGAGAGUCUGUCAGCAUGUUUGGCGUGCACUACUUCUUGCGGGAGAAAAUUCUCGAGUGUCCAGGGGAUUUGACUCUGAGUGGCGUGGAUUUCUCCCGAAUUGAAAGGUGGAUUGUGUAGUCGGUCGUGAUCCAUGCAUCUGGCGAGGGUUGGCUUGUUGCAAGGCACUAGCUCGAGACUUGUGUGUGCGGGUGGGGUGUUGGGUCCGUGGCGAGCUUUCCUACCGUCGAGUGGAUUGCAGUGUAGCAUAGUAUACUCCUGUAGUUAACCAGCCGUCCUGUCUAUAGAGACCUCCGGAGCUCGAAGGUUGCUUGCCACUGCGCGGAGUUGUGAAUGGUGGCUGUGUCGCUGAUGAGAUGUGCCUUGCAACUGGCGCUCGCGCUCGGCUCUAGCGCCAGAGCCAGGGCGGCGCAGGCCUGCCCCGAACGAAGAACCCUUCUCGUUAGCACUCUCCGACCAUCGACCAACGAUCCGUGCCUCUGCUCCGCUCCUCGGAGUUGUCCUUCCCUCCCAAUUUUAGCUGCCGCUCUCUUUCCAACCUACAGAAUCUCAUGAACACGCGUGGAUUAAAUUCGUAGCCCUUGCAUCGGAUUACGGCCUUCCGAUCCCUGGGAUCCUCGUCCGCGAAGAGCUUUGCAGCAGUCACGAUUCAAGCGAAGCUGCACCAGCCUUAAAUCAGUCCCUCUUCUCCGACUCGGUGUCCAGGGCUGUUAUUAUUUUAUUUCCUGAGGUGCGCCUUUGCGGCAACUGGGUUUGCCCCGUCCUGUCGCUGCUGCAAGCGAAGAUGAUCAAUAUACUGCGCUACUGUCUUGACCACGAAUUCUGCAGCAUUCUUACUUCAAAUUAAGCAAGCACAGCGUCCGAUCGACCUCUUCAAGGAGCGCAGAGUAGGUGGAGUUUUAGUGAGAGGAGAGAGCCGCCUCGUUGUCCAACCCGACACUCGGGAAAUUCGAAGUACACCAGAUCAUGAGGAGGUGGCGCAUGUCUAUAAACUAUGCUGCAGCAUCGGUCUGGCAACCAUCUUCGUAGCGGCUGCCCGACCGAGAAUGCAAGCCUCGAAUAGAAGAUUAACGUACACGACGAAGGGACCAUUCUCCCGAUCGACACUGGCAAGAACCGACGUGACCAAUCGCGGCGCAGAGCGAGAACUAAUUUGGCCCCGCAGAGAAAACUUACACGAGCUCUGCACGAUGUUGCCGAAUUGAGAAAUCGCAAGGUCAGCUUUUCCAGAGAGCGAGCGAGUGACUGAUUGGGUGUAAUAGUAAAGUAAAGUAAAGUAAAGUAAAGCCAAGCGCGACUCUCGUUCGAGGGAGGGUUACCCCGCUUACCUCAUCGAGUCGUGCUACAGACAUGGUCAUUCCUGUAGAGGACGUGAACUUCACUGGCUUGUGUCAUCGGAUUUUAUCUUUUUUGAGUUUCGGGAAAACGCGUCUCGAAAACCACAGCAAAUGCAGAAAAGCGAUGAGAAAUCGCAAUUGAGUCAGCUGGUUGAUAAGUAGAAGAAUCUUUGCCCCGCGGUGGGGAAUGAAGUAAGGUUGUAGCCGUGCCCGUCUUUUCCUCGGGAAAUUCAGCCACGUAGAAAGAGCAUGAGAAAGUAUAUGAUUCUAGCCAGAAUGUAAUGAAAGAGCUGUGGGGAGACUCUGUUGACUGGAUGCUUGCUCGCUCACUUGCGUGUGUGCUUGCUCGCCGGCUCGCAUCCUGUCAUCCGGCCCCGUUGUAGACGAUGAUUCAUCGCAAUGAGAAGUUCCACAAAUCACGAUGCACUUUGCGACUC